ACACCCAACCAACUUCGACCAUCAGCUUCUGCUUUGUGUAUAUAUAUUUCUCUUCUGCUAAGACAUUGUUACUUUCAAAAGUAUUGUGUGAUUGUAAAGAAACGGGCUACUUCUCCUGGUUUUAUGCAGAGGAUAGAAAAUGCAGGCCAUAAGGGAAAAGUUACACGACAUGAGCGAGAUGCGCAAGGCCAAGGCUGAGGCAAAGGCCGAGGAAAAGGUCGAAAAAGAUAUAGCCAAAGCCAGGAUGGGCAUUGCUCACGAGGUUAGAAUGGCAAAAGAGGCAGAGGCAGAAAUGGAUUUGCAUGCGGCAAAAGCCGGGGAAUUGUUACAGAAGGAGCGCGGAAUGCAUGCUCCAGAGAGUCAGAACCGGCCUAAUGCUAGCAACUCAUGA